AGCAAGAGAGUGAAGAUGGUAAAAGGGAAUGUUGAGAGACAAAACAUAAAGAAAAUAUUAGGUAGAGGGGUUAAUAUUGAAGGUCAAGGUGGGGUAUAAGACGACUUUGCUGCAACUUGAAGUUUCCAUACCCACCUGCGAGUCUUCGGUGCGACCAACGCAAAAGGUACUGUUUCAUCCUAUGUUUUGAUUCCAAUUGUUUAUGUGAUCGUUGUUUGCUGUGUGUAUAUCUCGCUCUCGAUCACCUCGUCAUCCGAUUCUGUAUUAGUUGAAACAUGAGUGAUAAUCUUAUGGACAAGGUUAAUGCUCUGGGCGAGCGCCUGAAGAUCGGUGGAUCUGAGGUUGGGCAGAAGAUCUCUGCAGGCAUGAGCUCCAUGAGUUUCAAGAUGAAAGAGUUCUUUCAAGGUCCCAAUCAAGCUGAUAAUCUUGUGGAGGAAGCCACUGCCGAAACCCUAGAUGAGCCUGACUGGGCGACAAACCUUGAGCUGUGUGAUAUGAUCAACAAUCAAAGGGUCAGUAGCAUUGACAUCAUCCGUGCCAUCAAGAAAAGGAUCAUGCUGAAGAACGCUAGGGUUCAGUACUUGACUCUUGUCUUGCUUGAGACUCUAGUCAAGAACUGUGACAAGGCUUUUUCUGAAGUUGCUGCAGAGAGAGUGCUUGAUGAGAUGGUUAAAAUCAUUGAUGAUCCCCAAACCGUUGUUAAUAACCGUAAUAAAGCCCUCAUUUUGAUUGAAGCUUGGGGUGAGUCUACUGAGGAGCUUCGAUAUUUGCCUGUUUAUGAAGAGACAUACAAGAGUUUGAAAUCAAGAGGAAUACGAUUCCCGGGUCGUGAUUCAGAGAGUUUGGCUCCUAUAUUCACCCCUCCUCGUUCAAUUCCACCUUCAGAAGUAUAUCCUGUUCCUCCACAGAAUAUUAUUCAACAAGAGAUUCCGCUUCCAGUUCAAAGCAUGUCAGCAGAACAAACAAAAGAAGCCUUUGAUGUGGCAAGAAACAGUCUUGAGCUUUUGUCGACUGUUUUAUCAUCUUCACCUCAACAGGAUGCUUUACAGGAUGACUUGACCUCGACACUCGUGCAGCAAUGCCGCCGAUCCCAGCUAACUGUUCAGAGAAUGGUGGAGACAGGUGGAGAUGAUGAAGCCCUGCUGUUUGAGGCGCUGAGUGUGAAUGAUGAACUCCAGAAAGUUCUAUCAAAGUAUGAAGAAAUGAAUAAACCUAGUCAGGUGCACCGUGAACCAGAACCCGCAAUGAUAGCUGUUGCUGCUGAGCCAGAUGAACCGCCACAAGCCGGGAACGAAGAAUCAUUGAUCAGAAAGCCGGCCGGGUCACGUGGCAGCAACCACAAUGAUGAAAUGAUGGAUGAUCUUGAUGAGAUGAUAUUUGGGAAGAAAAGUGGUAGCCCAUCUGAAACCAACAAGGAUAAAUCAUCUAAAGAUGAUCUUAUUAGUUUUUAGGGCUUUAUAGUUCAUCAGGUUGCUACUCAAAUUCAUCUUUCGAAAAAAAGUUGCUACUCAGAUUGUGAUAAACAUGAAUUUAUACCCUUUUAUGCCCUUUUUUUUUUUUUUUUGGUGUGGGGAGAUUUUAUUUGGAGUUUUAUCCUUGUUUUCUACGUGCAUUUUGUGUUAUUUUUGAA